CGGCCGGCUGUAUCGGCGGUCUGCCUAGCACUGCCUUCUUGAUUUGUCCUCACUGAGCCGCUGCCGUCCACCACCAUGUCGUCGACCCGGCGUCUCGUGCCGUCUGCUGUCCACAAGCUCCGAUCCCGCCGCCGCCUCUCCUCCACCUCCUCUCCCACCCCCAACAGCCCAAAUGCCGCAGCCAUCCUCGCCAUCCUCCUCCAUGGGCACACCCCCUCCGCCGCCACGCUGUCCCUCCUCCGCUUGUCGCCCGGCCUCGCCUCCGAGCUAUACGCCCUCAUCGCUGAGCCAUCCCACGCUUUCACGCCUGCUUCCCUCGCUUCCCUCCACUCCCUCGCGGCCCGCCACCGCAUCCCGCCUCCCUCUGCAUUGCUCCUUUCCAAGCUCGUCAGGCGCUUCUCCUCCCCAGCCGAAGCUGCAGGAUUCUUGCGCGACUCCCUCGCAUCGGGCGCGCCGGCGCCGGACAUUUCCAUCUUCAACAGCCUCCUUACCGCGCUUGGCCGCGCUGGCAACCUGCGCGGCAUGACGGAGCUGUUCACGUCCAUGCGAGAUGCCUCCGUCAAGCCCGAUGUAGUCACAUAUGGGAUACUUCUCAACGGGCUUUGCAAGUCAGGCCACGUUGGGGACGCGCUCAAGGUGCUCGACCGAAUGUCCAGCCCAGGCUCUGACGUCUGCCCGGAUAUUGCCAUAUUGAACACCGUAGUGGAUGGGCUGUGCAAGAUUGGGAGGCUGCAGCAGGCCAUUAUAUUCGUGGAUGAGCGGAUGAGGCACGUGCAUGGGUGUGCGCCCAACGCAGUUACGUAUAACUGCUUGGCUGAUGCGUUUUGCCGAGUGGGGGAUAUUGGCAUGGCUUGCAAAAUUGUGGCGAGAAUGGAGAAAGAGGGUGUGGCACCUAAUGUUAUCACGAUGAACACAAUUAUUGGUGGCUUAUGCCGAGUUGGGAGGGUUGGUGCUGCACUGGAGUUCUUCCGUGAGAAGAGAACAGUUUGGCCGGAGGCCAGGGGAAAUGCUGUGACCUAUAGCACUUUGGCUAGUGCUUUCCUCCACUGCAACAAUGUGGACAUGGCAAUGGAAUUGUUCCAUGAGAUGGCGGACCAUGGGCAUCGACCGGACGCAGUCAUGUAUUUCACCAUGAUAUCUGGAUUGACACAAGCAGGGCGGUUGCUGGAUGCUUGCACCACUGCGGCAUCGAUGAAGAAGGCAGGAUUUAAGUUAGACGCAAAGGCAUACAACAUUCUGAUUGGUGGAUUUUGCCGGAAGAAAAAGUUGCAUGAGGCCUAUGAGUUGCUUGAGGAGAUGAAAGGAGUUGGUCUUCAGCCAGAUGUGUACACCUACAAUACCCUGUUGUCUGGUUUGUGCAAAGCAGGAGAUUUCUCAGCUGUGGAUGAAUUAUUGGGGCAUAUGAUUGAUGAUGGCUGCCAGCCUUCUGUGGUCACUUUCGGCACACUUGUACAUGGAUAUUGCAAAGCUGGUAAAACAGAUGAAGCAUUGAGAAUUUUCAGGUCCAUGGAUGAGGCCAGGAUACAACCCAACACUGUAAUAUACAAUACGCUAAUUGACUUCCUCUGCAAGAGCAGAGAAGUUGAUGUAGCUAUCAAGCUGUUUGAUGAAAUGAGGGAAAAGAAUGUGCCUGCAAAUGUGACAACCUACAAUGCAUUGUUGAAAGGUCUCCAGGAUAAGAAAAUGGCAGAAAAGGCCUUUGAACUUAUGGACCGGAUGAGAGAAGAGAGGUGCACUCCUAAUUAUGUGACUGUGGAUGUUCUUAUGGAAUGGCUGCCUGAAAUUGGUGAAACAGAGAGAUUAAAAUGUUUCAUGCAACAAAGGGAUCAAAAGGAUAACCAUGUGCGAGGGCUGGGAGCCUAGUAAGCACAAUGGAUCCUUCCUUACUUGGUUGUUCUUUUGUUGCCAAUCAGGUAAAUUUGUUUCAUUUUCUUUGUCUGGUUUUGUGGAUUUGUAGUUAUCGUAGGGUCUGAUCCAGUGCUGAAGGCUCACACAUGAGUCGGGUUUGGAGAAGGGACAAACCGAGGCAAGCCUUUUCCGCAAAUAAGGAGAGGCUGCUUUGAACCCGUGACCCGGUGACCAAAUGGGACAGCACUCAUCACUGCACAAAGCCUUCCCUUUUAUUUAUAGUUAUCAGAGAAUGUAGAAAAAUGGAUUUGCAAUUUGAAUCCUAUUAGCUGUAGCCCCUAUUAGAUGACAAUUUGAUAGAUACUAUUGUACCAAGUCAUUCUUGACACUAUAUCAAAUGAAGUCCUUAUUCUUCAACAUAUGAUGUUCAAUGAUUUUUGUUAGAGGGCACAACAAUAUGUUAUUUAUGUUUGGAACCCUUUGACAUCAACCUUCGUUAGAACAUAGGUCCAUUUGCAAAGACUAUAUUCCAUUUGUAGUUUAUCUCCACUACCUAUUAAGACGAUAGUAUGGGCUCUACCAUGCCCCCGCCUCUUCGCCGCCUACGUCCUCCCCGCCUCUUCGCUGCCCCUGUCCUCCCCGCCUCGGCGAUACCAUGUCCCCGCCUGACGUCCGCCCCAACUCUCCACGGUUUCGGCGCCGCACCACCCCACCCCUGCGAAAUAGCCGCCGUCCAUCCUCCUCUCUGCCCCGUGUCCGCGAUUGCCGCGUCUGCUCCAUCGUUCCCAGCGUUGCGUCCGCGAUGCCUUCGAUCCGCGACCCCCCCCCCCCCCGACCGUGAUCCCCGCGCGCAGCACGGAGGUUCGCCGUGCCCAUGGGCCGAUGGCGCACUGUUUCGGGGCUAGCCCGAUGCGUUGGGAGCGGGGCAGAUGUGGUUGUUUCUCCGCGCCGCCGCUGCAUGGCAGUCCUCGCCCCCGCUGUCUCCCUCCCCUGCUAACCGCUCAUCCUCUCCCUGCCACGUGCCUCUAUGCCGCUCCCAAUCGCGCGUGCAGGGUGCUCGCGAGAAUGCCCACGCCACUCGGUCCAUGCGCAAGGACAGAGGAUCCACAACGUCGGCCAGUGACAUGUCGUACGCCAAGAACCGAGCGAGCGCCGAGGACAAGCGGCGCCGGACGACCACCACCACGCCGCCGCCGUUCCACCGGAACAACCUGUUCGGCUACCUGUGAUAUCCUGGCCCCUGGGAUGGUGAUAUCCUGGCCCUAGACUUAAUAGAAUUAAUAGAGUACUCAUAUCAACUAGGGGUAUCUUCUUUUUCGGAAGCCUAUCUCGAAAGAACCUCCAGGUUAAUCGUGCUUGGCUUGGAGCAAUUUAGGAUGUGUGACCGACCGGGAAGUUUUCUCGACUGCACAUAAGUGAGGACAAAGUACGCAUAAAAGACUUGUGUUGGUCUGUGGGGACAAUAUAUGAUCCUAGAGAGCUGCCAUGAGUAAGUACCGCCGGUCCGGGAGUGGACAGGGUGUUACAAGUGGUAUCAGAGCCGACCCUCGCGGUUUCACGGGCGUGUGUGGGUUAGGGGUUCGGGUAUAUGACGCAUGGCGCAUGUGGGCCCGGAGUGGUCACAUGACAUGACAUAUGACGACACUAGACACACAGAUGUGGCUAAGAGGGGAAGUUCCUGGAUUGGGGUUGAUCGACGAGGACGUCGGUCUUCUAAGGGGGUGGAUUGUGAUAUCCUGGCCCUGGGAUGGUGAUAUCCUGGCCCAAGGCUUAAUAGAAUUAAUGGAGUACUCAUAUCAACAAGGUGCAUCUUCUUUUUCGGAAGCCUGUCUUGAAAGAACCUUCAGGUUAAGCGUGCUUGGCUUGGAGCAAUUUGGAAUGGGUGACCGACCGGGAAGUUUUCUCGGGUGCGCAUGAGUGAGGACAAAGUGCGCAUAAAAGACUUGUGUUGGUCUGUGGGGACAAUAUAUGAUCUUAGAGAGCUGCCAGGAGUAAGUACCGCCGGUCCAGGAGUGGACGGGGUGUUACACUACCUAUGCACAACCCGGCGAUCCACAGCAUCAGCAGGCCGCCACGACCUUCCCCACGAUCUGCCGAGCUCACCCAGGAAGGAGAGCAGAUCUGUCCUCGUCGCGCUCGAUCUGCACAUGGCCGCCGUCCGACACCGACGAGGAAGAGGAUGACCUCGAGACUCUGCCAUCCAGCACCACAACUCGAUUACCAGUCGAGUGAGUUCUUGCCUGCGAUCCAUUUCCAUCAUCCCCGCCGUCUGAUUCGGAAUUCUAGCUCGCUCCUUCCUAGCGUAAUUACUGCUAAUUCGUCGAUGUUUUUUAGUUGACUAAUACCAUUGAAUUGCUAAUUCAUGAGGAAAUUAACCAACAUUCCAAAUUGGCCCAUUCUUCUAAAAACUUAAUGAGGUUUUUAAUCUACCGAAAAAAGAACUAGAAUAGGAAAGUUAUGGUUAAAUGAAGGACUUGAAUUUUGCUAGUUUAAAAAUUCCUACUACUGUUCUUGAAUGUCACCACAUGUUAUCAGUAUGGUUCUAAUGGGGUACUUCAGCCAACCAAAUAUUAUACGGAGUGACGGAAUAGAAACACAACGAAUCAUCAGUUAGAUUGAGUACAUGAAACAAAAAGUCCUCAGUUCUCAUGAUAUUUAAGAAAUAGACUUCCUCUUAUUCCUUAUAUAUCUCAAGAAAAAAACAAACUUGCAUGUAUACAGUGCAACAAUCUAAUUCAGGAAUCAGGGGAGUCAGAUAAGAGUACUUAUGAUUGCAUGUAUACCGUGUUGUUAUAUGAUUAUGUAAUGCAAUAUGAAUCAGGGGAGCCAAAAACAAACUGGUGCUUAUAAUUAUGUGGUGGCAGUGCAUGUGUUUAGAUCAAUCGGUGAUGUAUACCUGAAAAAUGCAAAGUAUAACACAGACCAGAUCGAACCCAAGUUCAGGCUUCCUGAAUCAUUCAGCAAGCGAUUAAUGAGUGCUGAUCCAUCUAUCAUCUCCCGCAAUCUUGAACCAAAUGACUGUUUCAUUAUAUUAGUGUCAGAUGGCUUGUGGGAACACCUCAGCAAUCAGGAAGCAGAUUCGGCAACUCGUUCGUUCGCUCAUUGAGUAAGCUGCUUGUGCUUCUAUCUGUUUAUAUUACCCUUGUCAUGUUUUCUUUCUGCAUCUGAUGCGAUGGUGUCACUAUAGUUGUCACUGUGUUGCUUUCAACCUUAUUUCUUUUGAGCUGUUAUUCCCUUGUGCAUCUCAACAAUUGUUUUGUUUUCCUAUAUAAAUGGUGUCAUGACAUUGGCAGAGAACAGGUAGCAAACAAGCCUAUUUUGAAUAUUUGUUUUCUAGGCAAGUUGUUUAUCACAAUUUAGUUGAUUUAUGGUCAUGUAUACAGUAUCCUUUUGAUGUGCAGUAUAGGGAACGAGCAGUUCCCGACUUCAGAACGGAUAUCUUAGAAGCAACCUAUCAUGCUGUUGCAAAGAGACUUUGUGGGGACUAGAUACAGGAUCCAGAUAUACCUGUUGUUACUGGAUUCCUUGGGAAGGUAUCUCAUCGACAAACAAUUUCAUCAUCCAUGAGGCAACUUGUAACUGCAACUGCCAUCACUUGCAGGGCUAGAAAUCAGGUGCUGUAACUACUUUAGGCCUAGGUGGUAGCGACUGCUACAACCAUUGGUAAAGCCUUGGGAGUUGGGACUGACAGAAAUUCAUGUCUAUGUUUAGUCUGAAUAGAUAUUGAAUAAACCAUAUUUUUCUUUCUGAGGAACAAACUUGAGACAAUAGUUGAUACUAAUCACUAAGCUAGCAUGUCCAUUUCAUGAAAUUGUUGCUUAUCCCCAUACAUUGCCUAAUUGGUCUGAAAGCAUAUUGUGCCUGUGAGGUAUGGAAAGAUGUUGAUGGUGUACUGACUUGUGAUCCAAAUAUCUACUCACAUGCAAAGACUGUUCCAGACUUAACAUUUGAAGAGGUUACAGAACUUGCUUAUUUUGGAGCCCAGGUACUCUUUCAUUUUGAGAAGAAUCAAAAAACAACAUUUCCCCCAAGAAAAAUUAUCUGUCUUGGACUGUUAAAGGGGCUAUGAUGGUUGACAUGCAAUGAUUCAUUUUUGUCAUUAAUGAAUCUUUCUGCAAAUUAUAUUUUGAAUGCUCAAGAAAAGAGUUCUAGAACUAAACAACAAAGAUAUCAGACACAAGAUAUUUCAUUUUAUUGCAGAUUUUUAGGACUUGGACCCUGUAUAGUGUGUCCAGACUGCUUCUCAGUGAAUAAACUAACCUUUCAGUUGCAUACUUUUCAAAAACGAAAGAUCUUUAGUGCAUUACUAGGGGUUCGAUAGAUAAACUCGACUUGCGGGGGUAAGACAGCCCCCGGGCAUUGUAUUAAGAAAAAAACCUUCUCACACAGGUCGAGAAAACCUUCGAACCCCUGCCCCACCCAUACACGGCGGCAUCGAAGCUCAUGUGAGAACGACCACGACCGGGGCUGAGCCUUAGGCCUGUGCUUUGACGUGGGACAGACGAGGGGAUUUUUUUAAGCACAACCUGAAAUUCGCUCCCACGGGGAGUCGAACCCACGACCUGAGGAGUGCUACUCAGACCACCUAACCAACUCAGCUAGAGGCCCUUUCGCGGUUCGAUAGAUAAACCUCUAUUCCAUUUUUACCUUUUAAAGUUAUACUGAUUGUUGCUUGGCAUUUGCUUUACUAAUCAGCAUGAAGUUGAACAUAUAGCUCAUGAUGUCAGUCUUAGUCACUCUUCUGAACAGAAACGAGAAGUUUAGGUUCAUUAUUGUGGAUUGUGCACUCCAAUGCAGGUUUUGCAUCCACAAUUGAUGAUACCUGCUAGAGAAGGUGAUAUUACAGUUAGGGUUGAGAAUUCGUACAACUGUAAGGCUCUAGGCACCCUUAUUACCAGACAAAGAGACAUAAAUAAGGUUGUGCUAACUAGCAUAGUGCUCAAGUCAAAUGUCACCAUGUUGGACAUCGUGAGCACUCGGAUGCUUGGUCAGUAUGUUUUCCUAGCAAGGGUAUUUUCUAUAUUUGAAGAUCUUUGUAUAUCUGUGGAUUGUGUUGCUACCAGUGAAGUUAGAAUUUCUGUGUCACUUGAUCCAUCAAAGAUUUUGAGUAGGGACUGAUACAGCAGGCAAGUGUUUCCAUUCCUUCAUUGUAUUAGCAAGUAGAAGCACAAGACAAAUUUCUUUAGUAGCUUGAUAGCGCAUGCAAGAACAUUUCCAAGAGAAAUGUUUUUAUUCUAAUUCUUUGUGCUUCCACGUUGUUUUUUUUAUUAUCGAAAGCGCAGGGGAACUGCGCCUUAAAUAUAUUAAGAAGAAGAUAAAAUGGUCUAAAAUAGACCACAGGUUACAGCAAUGAACUCCUUACGGAGGCCAGUAACGCACAUAAGCGAAAUAAUCCAUGGAAACCGAACUCAAAAACACUACUAGAGAUGAAAGAAACCAUCUUGGCAAUGUAGUUGAAGAGCUAGCAAGUAAGCACAGGAGAAUUUUUUCAAGUGGCUUGAUAGUCCAGGCCUGAACAUUUUAGGAGAAUUUUUUUAUUGUAGUUCUCUGUGCUUCACAUUGUAAACAAUCUCUCAUGAACUUGACCAUUUUGAAGAGCUUGAGAAAAUAGCAAUCGUCCCUCUACUUUAGCAUAGGGCAAUAAUUUCGCUUAUCGGAAAUGUGGAGCAAUCGACUCUCAUACUAGAAAAGGUAUAACACUCUGUACAUUCAAUUUUUCUUCUUUGGGUUUUCCUCUCUAAUGUUAUUUUCAUUGGAGAUCAGCAUAUAUAUUAACCAGUCCCAGCAGCGCAAGCACGCAGCCCCCACCCCGCCCCGCCCCGCCUCUUCUCGUCAUCGCUCUGGCCACAGGGCAUGCCUGCAGGCCUGCCUGCGACGUCGAUGAGCUAUUGGCAGGACCUUAGGAGUUAUGACUCUUCAUUCUGAUGAUUCACAGAUCGUUGUCCUUAAGAAUGGUGUCUAGGGCAUCAAAGGCAUAAUAUAGGGCAUUACAAGGAGAUUAGUACAAUACCAAUAUACCAUCAGUCUAUUAAAUUGACUUUGCCUGGAAAUAACAGAUGUGUAGGAUAUGCACAAAAGCACUUAUUGAGUUGAGUGGUAAUAUAUACUGCCAACUCGUAGGGAAUUUGAUUUUAUUACUCAAUGUUGAUGCCUUUCAUUUACUACCUUCAUUCUUUUUAAAAAAAUGUUUAGUGCAACAAAAUUGUUUCCAGUAAAUGUCUUUGAUUGUUGCCUUUUAUUGCUACUAGUUAGGUGCCCGUGCGUUGCGACGGCACACAAUCAUGGAAAUAGGCUUUCAGACGUAAUUAUCGCUACCUUCUUUGUUCUACCAAUGAAAACAAAGUCUAUGGCUGGGUACCAAGUAUGAUAGCAUGGUGGUGAUAUCAAAUUCUAGUUUGUUAGUAGUGUUUAGAGUGUGCGUCCCUCGGAAAAUAGCAUAUGAAUAUACACUCACAAUAUCAAAUCCAUCUCGAAUUAACAGGCGAACAAAUAGAUAGACAUUUGAAGCAUGAUCUUGUUUAUCCUGCAGCAGCUACACGGUAUCGAUCAUCUAUAUGAUCACUAAGAACAGUUAUUCGUAAAACUUUUUCUCCAAGAAGAGCACACUGUGGUAAAGGUUUGUGCAGCCCACAUUUGACCUCCUCGACGUAGCAAUUGGGGCAAGUAUAUUCAGCUUGUCCUCCAUCAUUCCUUCUUCCAUUAAAUAGAGCACAAAUUUGAUGUUGCUAGCAUUCACAUUUGUCACUUUGAACCCACUGCAGAAUGCAUGAUUCGAAAAUGUUUAGCAUAAAAGAAAAAUGUUUCAAACGUUUGAGCUUUUAUGACACUACUGUAUCAAUGGAACUGAAGAACUUACUCAUUCUUCGCCUUCGGAAAUGUUUGAUUCCAUAUAUACCACACCAAGAGCAUCGAAAAGGUACAUAGGAAAAGGGUACUGAAGCAUCCAAGGAGACACCAACCGUACCACCUUGAUGUGAGGGUAGGAAACUUUUCACUCUUGCUCUUAGCAUUUGCAUGAGUAAUGGACCUUCUUUUGUGUAAUAAGAAAAAAGGAUAUGCACAAGUUAGCUAUAUUGUCAAGUUUGCUUUAUGAUAUAAUGGGCUUCCUUUUUGACCAUGGCUGAUAAGAAUCAGAGGACCUAUCGUGAAGUCUACGUGGAUGUAGGAUGUAAUUCACAAAACGUAGAGCUUAUGUGAAAGACUGAAUGUGCUAAGACCAACUCUAUUAUAAGCUUAUCUUAUUAACAUCUAAAAAGACCAGGUCACAGUAACAAAUUGUACCAUAAGUAACAAGUUCAUUCAACAUACAUCAAUAUUUACUUGAAGUUGAAUAUUUACCUCUGGAGCUGAAACUGCCUUAGGUCGAUCACAUGUUCUCUAUCUUCUUGGAUCCAUCACCAUUAGCUCUACCACCACCAGCUCUUAAACUAUUGAACAUGGUAGACAAGUCAGGUAGCACCAUGGUAGUGUAUAACAAGUGCUCAAUUGAAUUGACUUGAGACCACAAACAAGGAGAAGGGAAGGUCUGGGUAGCACUAACACAAAUGGAUGGGAAGAUGGGAUGUAAGGUUCAUAUCCAAUGGCGUUCACGUCACCCAGGACGACUACAUUGGUGCACAGGAACACGAAAAGCCCCACGAACAAAACAAGUGGCAAUAAGGUUAAUUGGUCCAAUUCUGCCAGCAAGUGUCUAAAUUAAUUCAGAUCAGAAGAGGGAGGGAGCUAAUGACUGUUGUGGGUUAUCAGUAACAUGGUAAAAGAGCUGACAUCGUAUCUAAAGUUGUGCAGGUAAAGAAUGAAGUAUCGACCUUUGAUACUUUUACAUGUGAAGUCAGGUCUGCUUGAACCACCCCAGCUGCAAAAGGAAUGGGAGAAGUCAAUGCAUAGUGCCAUAUGCCAUCAAAUGCAUCAGAGUUAGGUAAAAUCAGAAUUGAUACCUGAAUACCUCUAAACAUACGCUAUGAGAUUUUACAAUCUAAGGACCAGAUGUCCUCUUAAAAUUUAAGGAGCAGAUGACAUCCUAAAAUUUAAGGACCAGAUCAAUUAAUAGUCGGAUAAAGUCCAAAUCCAAAAGAAAGAUGUAACCCAUUGGUUAGAUUAGCUAUACUUUUCAGCUCAAGUGAACACUAUUCACGAAUGAUGAAAAAAUAGCAAACAUAGUAUAGCAUAUAAGCAAGCUAGAUUCUUCAAUUGAUGCAGCACCUGCACCUCUCAUGGUACGGUUCCACCCCUUCCCACUCUGCUCCCACUGAUGUGGCUGUGGAGCUACAUGCAUUCGUUAUCAUUAUGUGUUUCUUGCCGCGUUGUAUAGUUAAACAUAUUCAUACACACCUAACUAAACAUAUUCAUAUAGUUAAACAUAGAUUAGUUUCUUAGCAUUUUUCAUACACCUAACAGCCAUACUAUCCUCAUUCACAACAAUAGUCAUAAUGCACCUGAUUUAUGUAGAGAAAGAUAUUGCUAAAAAUAAGGCAUGGUAACAAUGUCUAUUGAUAAAUGAGCUCUGUCAAUAUCUAAUAUUAAAAAAGGCAACCUUACAAUUCACAUGCAACCAUAAAUGAGCUAUGUAAAAUUACUUGAGUGUGCAUACAUAAAGCUGAUGACAACAAAUCAAUAAAAUUAUCUCUGAAAAAGAUUGCAGGGCAUUUCAACCAACACAACUACAUCAGUUAAUCAGAUAAAGUCCUAUAAAUCAUAUGUACCUCUCAUAAUACAAGUAUGGCACUUCGACAAAGAUAACCCCAGCAAAGCGUUCCUAACACGUUCUCCAUGGCUCCCAUAAUCUUGACUCAGCAAACUACUAUUAGCAAAUGACAAAAAGCUAAGACCAUGAAUGAACAAGGAGAAGAAAGUUUUGGUUGUAUUAUUUGAAUACUGAAUAUAUCAACCCAUCGAACAGUUUUCUAUCAAGCAUAGUGUUUUGUUCCCCUUCUCCUCCAAUAGCGUCAAUUCUGUACUCCUUCAACUCAUAAUGGCAAUUGGCAAGCACCUUUUUUAUCUGCACAGACAGAGUCAAUAGGUUAUUCAUCUACAUAUGUUGUUAAGCAGCUAAUUACUUAAUCCCCAAGAGUUCAAAAAAGUUCUUUAGAACAGACAAUAUUCGCACAAUGAAGCUACACUAUGGCUAUUGUUACAAGUGCACUUGGAUUGUGAAUCUUAAAAAGAAAUGUAGGAGAAAAAAAAAAUCAAAUGUACAUCAUUAAGCUGAUAUUGUGGAACUCGAUACCUUGAUUGUUGAAUAUGCAAUGUCUACCUCCAAAGGAGAGAACUUUUGAAAUAAUUUCCAAAAUGACAGCAAAAAAAUUAGUAGCGAAGACAGCCUAAAAGACCAGGUAAAAAGUAGCCAUUUUUCAUUGUUAAUGAGAACACAAUUUCUCACUGAAAUUGCCUCCAAUUCUAUAAAAUGAACCUGAAGUGUCAAAGUAGAAAAGGGAAAAAUAUAUAAAUUCCAAGAACAGGUCCUCCAACCAAAGCAUCAAAAUACUGGUUUUGAAGGCCACAAAAAAUACAGAGCCAUGGCUGGGUCUUUUUUAUGAUCGUUCUUACUCUCCAUAGAAUUCAUUGUUUGCUGUAAUGCGUGCUUAGGGAAGAGCAACAUUAAAUCACAGUCGUUGAGCACACAAUUACAAACAAUUCUAACUAAACAAUAAUUGCUUGCUAUAUAGAAAAACAAUCAUUUUUCCUUUCAUGUUACUUAUAGACAUCACACGCCUCCUUGUCCAUGGCGGGGGUGCACCUGGAGAUUGACGGUGAUGAGGAAGUGCACAAUGGGUCCUUCCUGCGGUGCGCGUGGCGGAAGGCAGGCGACACAGUUGUUGUCGAGGCGUGCUUGGGAGCAAAGGCAAUCGACGUCGCCGGAGCACAUCAGUCACUCCACGGCAGACAAUGACUUGCUAGGAGAAGAAAGUUUUGGUUGUAUUAUUUGAAUACUGAAUAUAUCAACCCAUAGGACAGUUUUCUAUCAAGCAUAGUGUUUUGUUCCCCUUCUCCAAUAGCGUCAAUUAUGUACUCCUUCAACUCAUAAUGGCAAUUGGCAAGCACCUUUUUUUAUCUGCA